CGAUGGAAAGCGGGGAGGAGAAAAAAUCGCAGAGAGGGGAGGAGGAGUGGCAAUGUGAUGUGAGGGAGCAUCGAGAUCUGUGUGGAUUUGGGUUGCCGUAGGCUUGACGGAGAAGCUUCCUCUCUGUGUUUUCAUUUUUUCAGCUUUAACUGAAAGCAGUGAAAAUGAAGACUCCCAAGUUCUCCGAAUCCUAAGCCUUUUACUCACUUUCUCUAAGCUCUCUCUCUCUCAACUCUCAACUACUACUUCUACUACGCAUUUGGACUCAUAAAUGACGUUGAUGCUCUGACCUACUCCAUUUAUAGGGCCUACGCAUUCUUGAUUUCAGUGGCACUAGCUUCUGCUAUCAGAGAGACUUUGAGCUGUAAUGGAUGGUCCUGAAAGGAGUAGUCGAUGCUGAGACUCAAUCCUUCAAAUAUAUCUCUGGUACGCCUGGGGGGAAAUGAUCUGUUAGUAAUGUUCAGUGGUCUUUGUUACAAUAACAGGGGCCAGGAAGAAUUGCUGAAAUCUCACUUCCAAAAUCAACUCCAUAGUCUCCAUAACAGACGAUUCUCUAUGAAGCUACACUCUUUUGCAGCAUUACUUUUUUCCAUACUAUUGUUUCUCCAUCAAACUAUUGCUGAUCUGGAGUCAGACAAACAAGCGCUCCUUGAGUUUGCCUUUGUUGUCCCUCAUGUUCGCACAAUCAACUGGAGUCCGGCUACUGCAAUCUGCAUCUCUUGGGUUGGCAUCAAAUGCGAUGGUAACCGUGUAGUUGCCCUCCGGCUACCUGGUGUUGGCCUCUAUGGUCCCAUUCCAGCCAACACACUUGGGAAGCUGGAUGCUCUUAAGACCCUCAGCCUCCGUUCCAACCACCUCAAUGGGAAUCUUCCAUCUGAUGUUCUGUCCCUCCCUUCUCUGCAGUACAUGUACCUCCAACAUAACAAUUUUUCAGGUAAUAUUCCUUCCUCUCUUCCACCCCUGCUCAUCUUGCUUGAUCUCUCCUUCAAUUCCAUUGUGGGCAACAUUCCAGCCACAAUUCAGAACUUAACGCAUCUCACUGGAUUAAACCUCCAAAACAAUUCCCUAACUGGGCCCAUCCCUGUUAUCAACCUCCCAAGGCUUAACCAUGUGAAUUUGAGCUAUAACGACCUUAACGGUUCAAUUCCAUAUUUCUUCCGCAAGUUCCCUGCUUCCUCUUUUGAAGGGAACUCUCUGUUAUGUGGACAGCCACUAAACCAUUGCUCUUCAGUCACUCCCUCGCCUUCUCCUUCCCCAUCUUCCAUACCAUCCCCAGCAACAGUUUCUCCAGAGCCAAGAGCUAGCAACAAGAAGAAACUAAGUAUAGGGGCUAUUAUUGCCAUUGCAAUUGGGGGUUCUGCAGUGUUGUGUCUCCUAUUUGUGGUGAUACUGCUAUGCUGUCUGAAGAAAAAAGAUGGUGAAGGUACUGUCUUACAGAAAGGAAAGUCCCUGAGCAGUGGAAAGAGUGAAAAGCCUAAGGAGGACUUUGGGAGUGGGGUGCAAGAGCCCGAGAAGAACAAGUUAGCUUUCUUCGAAGGCUCCUCCUAUAAUUUUGAUCUUGAGGAUUUGUUAAGGGCCUCUGCAGAAGUACUGGGAAAGGGAAGCUAUGGGACGGCCUACAAGGCCAUCUUGGAGGAGGGAACAAUUGUGGUUGUGAAGAGGUUGAAAGAAGUGGCAGCGGGCAAAAGAGAGUUUGAACAACACAUGGAGAUUGUGGGGAGGGUCAGUUGCCACCCAAAUGUCGUGCCUCUUCGUGCUUACUACUACUCAAAGGAUGAGAAGCUCCUGGUUUAUGACUACAUAACGGGCGGCAGCUUGUUUGCACUAUUGCAUGGGAACAGGGAUCCUGAGAAAACACUGCUGAACUGGGAAUCCAGAGUAAAGAUUGCCCUUGGAACUGCAAAGGGUAUUGUUCAUAUCCACUCUGCCAAUGGUGGGAAAUUCACCCAUGGCAAUAUCAAGUCCUCCAAUGUCCUCCUCACCCAAGACGUUGAUGGCCAAAUCUCAGAUUUUGGCCUGACAUCUCUGAUGAACUACCCUUUGGUCACAUCUAGAAGCCUUGGUUACCGAGCUCCUGAGGUGAUUGAAACUCGGAAAUCUACUCAAAAGUCCGAUGUUUACAGUUACGGUGUGCUCCUCCUUGAGAUGCUUACAGGCAAGGCACCAGUACAGUCACCUGGGCGUGAUGAUGUGGUUGAUCUCCCAAGAUGGGUCCAGUCUGUUGUUCGAGAGGAAUGGACGGCUGAGGUGUUUGAUGUAGAGCUGAUGAAGGAUCAAAGUUAUGAAGAAGAGAUGGUGCAAAUGCUUCAGAUCGCAAUGGCCUGUGUGGCAAAGAUGCCAGACAUGAGGCCUAAGAUGGAGGAAGUUGUUAGGCUGAUGGAAGAAAUCCGGCCAUCAGACUCAGAAAACCGGCCAUCCUCCGACAACCAAUCCAAGGGCUCCACCGCACAAACCCCAUGAUGGAUUUAGCCUAGCUGCCCCAACUUCUCAUUCCAUUCCUUAAAUCUCAUCCAGGCUGUGCAGAAUGUGUUCAAUUGUGCAAUUUGCUUUUAGGGUUUUAGCGUGUCACCAAAUUUAACUGUAUCAUUUUUUUCCCCUUCCCAUGAUUGUUGUAACACAAUGUUUGUGAACCGUUCUGACUUGAUUAAUGUUUGGUGUUGGUGUUUCCAAACUAUUAAGUAAAUGCAUUCAUGAUUUUCUAAA